AUGAAUCACUAUGAAAAUUAAGCAAAUAAACAGUAAUUCUUAGUCGAAUAUAGGAUAGUACAUUAAAAGUACCUAAUGGCAAUAAAACAGUUUAUGACCCAAAGGGUCCAGCUAUAUUUCUAUUAUUGGUAGAGUUAAAACAAUAUUAGGAAAAAGCUUAAAUGCUUAAAGAUGAUUAAGGAAUUUCUGGAAUCUUAGAUUAGCUUUGUAAAGGAUUCAUAAAAUUGAAUUUAGAUGAAACUCUAAGAUCUUUUUAGCAGAUCAUAUUCUAAUCAGCUAAGUAAUAAUCUCUUGAGCAUUCUUUAAUACAACCAUAUCCCUCCUAAUAGUAAUUUGCAAAAUAAUAAAAAUUUGUACUAAUGAUAGGGCAAACACAAUUAUGA